AUGAAUAAGAUUGGGAUAUUCUUGCUGGCCAUUUCUGUGUUUGAUUUAAUGAUAUUUGGAAAAGCUGUUUACAGCCAUUAUAAAACUGACAAAGCUGCAGUAGAUACGAUUCAGAAAAUACAGAAAGAAUAUUGGUCCUGGCGUAUGGAGAACGAACCAGAAUAUGGUACUUAUAUUGGACUGUACGCCAAUAAUGAUCGAGUUUAUUCCUACGACAUAAGCAUGUUUGAAGUUAGAAAGAAUAAAACACAAGGAUUUCUAAACAGACUCAAUGCUAUAAGCUCAAAUAUAUCCUCCUCAGAAAGGAUCAACUACCUCAUUCUAAAAGAUACGUUUGAGACUUAUAUUAAUGGAUCUCAAUGGGCCUGGUAUGGCGCGCUGAAUCCGAUGAAUUUUCUGGAGGGUGUCCAGCUAUACACAAGUGCUGUAAAAGCGUCAUCAAACUCCAGAGGAGAUUUCGAAAAUUAUAUCGCUAGACUGAAUGCAAUACCCCACCAGAUUGAUGAAAUAGAGGAAACAUUUCGUGAAGCAAUUCGACUGAACAGAACGUACCACAACGUAUCAGUUGCAGGUGUUCCAGCAAUGAUAGAUAAGUUUUUAGUGGAACCAAUACAAUCCUCAUUUUACUCACCCUUUAACAACUCCUUAACGAAUGCUGCUAGUAUACCAGAAAAUGAAAAAACAGGAAUUAGAGAAAGAGGGCUCCAAGCUGUAAAUAGGACGAUUGAAGCAUACCGAAAAAUCAAAGAAUUUAUAAUUAAUGAAUACAUGCCUAAUACUCGUUCACAUUAUGGUGUCAACAGUCUGCAAGGCGGUUCUGAUUAUUAUCGUGCAUGCCUGACUUGGCACUUGUCUUUCAACAUGACACCGGAAGAAGUUCAUAAAGUGGGAGAACAGGAAGUGGAAAGAAUUCAUGGAGAGAUGAAGAAGACAAUGCAAAAACUUGGUCAUACUGGCACGGUGAAAGAUUUCUUUAACAGUCUUGUUAACGACUCUCGGUUCUACUCAAACAAUUCUGAGACUAUUUUAGCAGAAUACAACGAUAUUGUCUUCAACAGAAUUAACCCAAAGUUACCGGAAUUCUUUAAAAAUAUACCAGAUGUACCCCUUGAAAUAAGGAAGAUGACGUAUGAUGGUCCAGGGGGAGGUUACUCAUCAGCGACAGAGGAAUAUCCUGGCGUAUUUUCCAUCAACCUAUUCAGGCCACUGGAGAACCCUUUCUUUGAUUUUAUGGCUCUGAGUCUUCACGAAGCUAGCCCUGGACAUCAUUUACAGCACAGUUACGCACUGAAGGCAAAUCUACCGGAUUACAGACGGCACACUCCCUUAUCUUUUUACGAUGUUCCUGUUUGGUUUCCAUGGUAUUCCGCCUACUCUGAGGGAUGGGCGUUAUAUUCAGAAUAUCUUGGAGUAGAAAUGGGAUUAUAUAAAGACGACUAUGAGUUGAUGGGACGGUACAGUGCAGAAAUUCUUCGAGCCUGCAGACUUGUUGUUGACACAGGGUUACAUUACUACAAUUGGGACAAGCAGAAGGCUAUUGAUUACAUGCUGAACUAUACAGCUUAUUCUUACGAGGCUACGGAGAUAGAAGUCAAUAGAUACAUCACGUGGCCUGGACAGGCAUGUGCGUACAAAAUAGGCGAAAUUAAGAUCAAGGAUCUCCGAAAAAAAGCAGAGACUGAAUUAGGCACUAAAUUUGACCUCCGAGAUUUCCAUUCUAUUAUUCUUAACAAUGGAGCUGUUCCUAUGUCAGUGCUAGAGAUGAUAGUCGAGGAAUGGAUUGAAGAAGUCAAGGCGACUCCUCUCUCAUCUGGAGCUUCCAAUGUGAACAACAAACAUGUGGCACAACUAUGUGUUAUACUAGUUUUCUUGCGUUUUUAUUUAUAAAUGAGAUCAGGUAAAUUUAUCUUGAAGAAUGAACGUACUCUGGUUAAUUGUUUGUUGAACAUUCAAUAGUGAGAUAAUACGUAUUAAACUGAGAAUACUUUAACAGAGAUCACAAAAAUAAAUAACUAAAAAAAUCAUAUGUCUUGACUGGGUGCUUGCCUUUAGUUAUCUCAGAAUUGGUUGCAACAUUCAUAUUAAUGAUUAAUAAUAAGCAAGAUGUCGUACAUUGGCUUCAUUCUUUCAAUGGACUUGUUUGUUUUUCUUUACAAUGAAUUCCAUGAAUUGUGUUGUCUUUCAAUUAUUAUAUGUAUACAAAGUUUUGCACGUAAAAGUAUUUUGUAAGGAAUAUACAUGAGAUUAUAGAAAUAUGCAUCAUGUUACAAGAAACUUGUAAAUAAAAUAAGAUAAAAUGAAUGAUAUGUAAUUAUUGUAGAAUAUUGCUGUUAACCCUUAAUUUUGAAAAAUUGACCUUAUUCAGCUAAAAUGUUCUUUUGUCACAUAGUAUUUACUCAAGUUGAGUUUGAGCCUUCAUGGCGGUAGGGAGAUUAAAUAUUGAACAGCAUUACAAGAAUUUUCAGUAACAAAGCAUGAAGAACUUAACUAUUCCCUUCGUUAUAAAAAAGAAAGAGCAUAUUCUAGUAAUUAAGGAAUGCGGAUAUAAAGAAACAGUUCUAUAUUAUUUAAGAAAUAAUGACUCAUAAUGAAUGUAAAAUUAUCUGAAAUUUCUCAAGGUAAGCAUCUAUUCUGAAUCCACCGGAAGUGCAAUGAUUUGUUGUUUCUCCCUCUUUUUGCUUUGCCAUUCUAAUCUAAUGAUCGACUUCGUUUUCUAAUAUAUUAAGAGGAAGGGUACUUUCUUUCAAAAUAUACAGAACGGAAAUCUCUUCAGUCAAAAUUUGAAACUUAAAGUAAAAUAAAAUUAAUGGCAAAAAUCAAAACAAUUCUCGUAAACGUUACCCUGUAUCUUUUGGGCCUAGAAUCACCAAAUUUUAUGCUGUUUUUGCAUUUUAUUUUGAACCUUUU